AUGGGCCGACACGCCAAUCCAGACAUCCGCCGUGCCUUUCAAGAGUUCCAGGACGCCGACACUCCAUCCAAAUGCAACAAGGUCAGAUGCGUGCACUGCGGCUUCGUACGCGCGAAGAACACGACGCGCCAGAUUGAGCAUCUCCAGACAUGCCAGGCCUAUCUCGCCUCGCCCGACGCGAACCACAUGUUACAGACCCAUCCUCACGCAUCCACCCAGGCAGAGAAGGCAAACAAUGGCAGCGGUAACAUCUUGACCGGACAACAGCCAAACCCAAACCUUCAAGUCCAGCGUCGCGGCCCGAACAAGAGGGGACGCGAGCUGCUCGCUCCACACCCCCAGAUACCGCAGAAUGUCAUGCCAUCGUUGACUGCUCAUCUGCUCGCUCGCUGCCACCACGCUUUCAUUCAAGCAACUCAGCAGCCCUUCCUCUCGCAUGCUGGCUGUGGCUCUCUCGCGGUCGGCCCCCUCACGCAAUGGCUGGUGCAGGAUGGACACUACGCAAGAGGAUACAUUCGCUUCGUCGGACAGCUGCUGGCAAAGAUCCGCCUACCGCAGACUUCAAACUCCCAGUUCCACCCGAUGUUCAGGACCAUGGAUCUUCUCAUUUCCGCCGUGAACAACAUGCGCCGCGAGAUGCAGUUCUUUGAGAUCACAGCAACGAAAUACGGUCUAAACUUGAGCCCGGAUCCGCCAACCCCGAUCACGCGGGCGCUCCUUGACUUGUUUAUGAGUGCGAGCAGCUCGAGCGCGUCCCUUUUGGAGGGUAUAGUGGUCCUGUGGGGCACGGAGCAUUGCUACCGAUCAGCGUGGCAGUACGCCUCGUCGUUCAGCUCGUCUCUCUCCACCCCAAGCAACGAAUCGCACAUUGUUGCCCUACACCAAGCGCUCAUCCCGAACUGGACAUCACCAGCGUUCAGCAAGUUCGUCGAUGCCACCCGGAAUCUUGUCGACGAGCUCGCCAACAGCACGACCACUCGGGACGGCAAGGAGGAGAUGUUACGUUGCGAGGAGAUAUUCCGACAGAUAUGCUGGCUUGAAGAGCGCUUCUGGCCGGACGUCGACGGCAUGGGCGAAGAAGACGAGAGCGCGCGUCUAGGCUCUACCGGCAUGGGAUCAAUGGGUAACACUGUGGGUCCCAUGGACAGCAGCAUGAACGACAGUGCCAUGGGCGGAUCCACCAUGAACGGCUCCGUAGGCACUGCCAAUAUGACUGGCCAGGGAAUGAACGCCUCAGGCAUGAGCGGUGCAAAUAUGAACGGCGGAGAUUCGACCCCUGUAAGCGACGGCCGGAACAGUUUUGGAGGUCUUGACAGUGUUGGCCAAGGAUCGUAG